CGAAUAACCUGAGAAAUACGUUCAACGUGUCGUCCAUGGCUCUCCUGUGUCUGCCACAUCUUCUUGUCUCUUUCCCUUUCAUUUGCUUUCUCUAUGGCUCAGUCGCUACAACUUCUCAUUUACUCUUACUCUUCGCCUAAAUAAGGGACUUUUUUUUUCUUGACGGUGAAGUAAAAAAUGGAUCUCGGAGGUUUGGUUUCUGUGCUGAUCUCAUCUCCAGUAUAUCUAAUGACCAGACCUUUGGUUUUCUGCAUAUCUGCAUGUGUGUUCUGUCUUAGAACAGCUCUUGUUACAACCUUUGUGUCUACUGAUAUUGUGAGCUCUGCUAUUUGGUUCAACUUAAGUAUGAUCUGGAGAGCUGUGUGGGGCACAGUCUGGGGUUCUGUUCUCCUCUUUACGUUUCCGAUUCGAUUCCUAUUUUCUAUACCAAGAGAAAGACUGCUUGAGCAGAGUCUUUAUCACUUGAGGUAUGAGCUGGAGAGUCUUGAACUGAAUAGAAAAGAAAUAGAAGAGAAUCUCCGGGCAGCAAUAAAAGAAUAUCGACUCAUGGAACAGGAGUUAGAUGAACUAGAAGAUGAACAUGAUGGAGCCAUUACAAGAAUCAAAAAGCUAGAGGCUGAGCUGCAAGAACUUAAGGAGGAAAAUAUUAAGUUGAAGGAAGCUUGCGGAAAUGAAUAUUUGAGCAUGAAAGGCAAAGUUAAAGCAGAGGAAGAACCUAGUGAAGUCAGCAGCAUACCAAAGCCAAAAAAUAUCCCUUACGAGUCAAAGGAAGAAGCCGAGUUUACAUCUGUCGAAUCACCUCUUUAUCCAUUUGCAAAGGCAACAAUUCCGAAAGACGAAGAGCUAACACCAAGAGUUCUCGGGUUAGAGAGAAACGUUGCGGUUUCGAGAAGCGUAUUCAGUGCGAUGCUGGCGCUGGUCGUGGGGGUAGUAAUGUAUGGAGCCAAAGAACAAGAGCUGUGUACUCCACUUAUAGGAGCACUCUUCACUGUCGUUGGCAUCUCUUUGAGAAGUGUGGUUCAGUUUUUCUCAACGGUUAAGAACAAACCGGCUUUAGAUGCAGUUGCUUUGAUGAGCCUCAAUUGGUUUAUCGUUGGUACUCUUACUUACCCAACCCUACCGAGAGUUGCUAGAGUGGUGGUCCCACGAGUUUUAAGCACUGCUGGUUCGGUUUUGGCUUUAGUUCGUGGUGGCUCGGUCCCUUCGCCGCCAGAGAUUGUGAACUAUUUUAGUUAAGUUAGUUAAAAUUUUGUGCAUAUAUACUUGCAUAUCCGUCAAAGCUUUUCUUUGGGAAUGUAAUUAUUAUAGUCUAGCCAAACAGGAUCGGGUCAACCGAACCGGAGUGUGAUGUAAUAAAUAAUGUGAUAUAUAUAAGUUUGGUGUA